AGUAAAUUGAUACUAGCGAUAUGUUCGGUUCGCGAGGCGGACUAGAUAGGGUGGCGUAGCAAUAUGGAGUUCGCUCUACGCGUUUUCCUUUUUGAGAAAGUGCUCAGAGUUUUGGAAAUAGAGGAGGAGGGUGAAGCAAACCGAGCCGGGGUUGAAGGGUCUUGGGGGCAGCAUCACUUUCGAAAGUUUGUCUCGGUAAUUUCCUGGAGUCUCCAAACCAUCAUUUAAUCCGGUUUGUUUACAUUUCGUGGCCCAGACGUGUAUGCGUUUUAUCAGUCAUUUACGAGGGAACCCACUCCAGCUUUCCUGGCUGGUGUUUAGAUACUCGCUCCAGUAAUAUAUAAUGUUACCGAGCCAGGUUGGAUCGGCACCAUCUGGAAACGGCUCAGCUUCAGGCAGGGGUACCGCAGGGCACGGUUCGAGGGUGGUCGGCUGCGGGAUUCGUCCCGUUCUGGUCAGAUCAGGGCAAGCUCUACCGGGGGUCAGCGAUAGUACCGGUGUUGCAGGGCGACAGGGGGACAGAGAAACCAUCGGGAUGCUGGGAGCUAAUGGCCCAGGGGGUCCGAGAGGUGCGAGACCGGGGAACGGGACUGGUGUGAACCCUCUUCAGACUUCCGUUCAAAGCAGCAUGGUGGGUUUAAAUCCAGGAGUUGUCUUGCCUCACGGAGCCCGCUUCGAUCCGGACCGGGAGAGUGCGCCUCUGUGCAGCGGCUCGGAUAACGACUCGGACUCCGGAGAUGAUGACGACCCAGUGGGUUCACUCGGGGACAACAGGAGAGGGGUGAAGCGUGAGAGAGCAGAGAUGGAGGCAGCGGUGUCGGGCCAGGACGUGGGAGUAUCUCCCGGAGGUUACGGAAUGGUGCCCGGAGGGGUCGCCGGGGCAAAACCGGGAAAGAAGACACGUGGGCGCGUAAAGAUAAAGAUGGAAUUUAUUGACAACAAGUUGAGACGGUAUACCACUUUCAGUAAAAGGAAGACGGGCAUAAUGAAGAAGGCCUAUGAGCUCUCCACCCUGACGGGAACCCAGGUUCUGCUGCUUGUGGCCAGUGAAACGGGUCACGUGUACACUUUUGCCACUCGUAAACUCCAGCCCAUGAUCACCAGUGAAACGGGCAAAGCCUUGAUCCAAACAUGCCUCAACUCGCCGGACUCUCCGCCGCGCUCUGACCCGUCCACAGAUCAGCGCAUGAGUGCCACUGGGUUUGAGGAGACGGACCUCACCUACCAGGUGUCGGAGUCGGAGAGCAUGGGUGAUACAAAGGACACCCUGAAGCCGACGUUCACAGUAGCGAGCCUACCAGGCUCUGCCAGCAGCGCCCAGUCCACAGUACCCACCACCUCCACCACCAUGCAGGUGAGCAGCGGACCUUCGUUUCCCAUCACCAACUACCUGGCCCCCGUCUCGGCCAACAACAACGUCAGUGCCAACGGAACUGUCCUCAAGACCGCCGGCGCCUCCACGGGGGUCAUGCAGCUGCCCGGUGGCUUCACUUUCAUGCCCGCAGGCACUCCUCUCCCCCCUGGUACCCCCACCAUUCCUCUGAGCCAGUUGCAGCAGCACUCCCUGGCCCUCCAGGGGCAGCAUGGUCAGGCCCUGGCCGCCGCCCCGCAGCAGGGACAGCAGGCUGUCUUCCGCUUCCCUGCUGCUGUCUCCCUCACAGGCACAGGGGUACCCCAGCAGCUCCAAGCUAUCCAGGUCCAUCCCAACACCCAGCCCAGCUCCAACAGUGACAGCAGCCCUGAGAUCUCCCACACCUCUACAAACUCCACCGCAACAGUAAGUCUCCCAGCAACCAUUGUCACUUCGUCAGUGCCAACGUCUGUGGCAGGUCACAUGAUGUACCCCAGCCCCCACACAGUGAUGUAUGCCUCCACGCCCGCACUGGCAGACGGCGGGCUGGCUGUGCUCAACGCCUUCUCCCAGGGGACCUCGGCAAUGCAGGUGUCCCACGCACAAGCCCAAGACACAGGUGGUGUCCCUCAGGUGUUCCUCACAGCACCUCAAGGCACAGUGCAGAUCCCUGUCUCAGCAGUGCAGCUACACCCAGUACGGCAAGAUCUGCAUUUUACAAAUGGUGAUUGGCCAGCAGUCGAGCGGCAGCAGCAGUAACCUGACGGAGCUCCAGGUGGUCAACCUGGACGCAGCGCCGAACUCAAAGAGUGACUGACAAGACGGCUGGAGCUGUUGAACAUGGCACACCCAGGGACACACACGUACACACGCACACAGACUGACUAACAUCUCUAUUUAUUGAUGCCUUCCUUCAUGGGUUCACAUCACACUUCUGAAUGUGACUUUAUAGUACAUGCAUAUAGAUAUAUAUAAAUAUAAACACACACACAAAAUCAAGGGCAUAUGUGUGGCAAACCCUUACACAGUAUGUUUUGGUAUAUAAAUAUAAAUAUAUAUAUAUAUUCGCAAAUGCAUAGGAGAUAUAUCGCUAAAUCCAUCAUCGGAACCUAUUUUCUAUGCCGUUUGAUGGUAUUAUUUUUGUGUGUGUGUGUGUGUGGGUUUUUCUCCCCUUUUUUUUUUUUUUUGCGACAUUAUGUAAUUACAUGUACACACACACACACACACACACUGCAAAGUGCCACAGCUUCACACCAGCCAAAGAGACAUUUGUUUGUCUGAAUGUUCCAGUGUGGGCAAUUUGUGCACAGGCAUGUGUCAGUGUGUGCGCACAUAUCUGAGGUUUGUAAAUGGGUGGGGAGAUGCUUAUUGACUUAAAAAUAGAAGAAAUUUGGAAAUGUACAUAUAUUUUUUUUUUUUUUAUUGAUGACUUGUAUUUUUAGCCUGGUUAAGUUUGUGCAGCGGCAUGUAGUUUGUUUUCUUUUUUACGUAGUGGUUUUUGUAUGUACAUGAGGUUGAUUUGGAUGAAGAAAAAGGAUUAUUUACAUGUUAAUGUAAAUUAAUUUAAUGUACCAUCAUAGGUUGGUAUAUGCUGUCAUACUGUUGGGAGUUUUCACUACAAGAUGGAGAAAGAACGCUGGAUUUAAAAAAAAAACAAAAAAAAAAACUUUUUUUUUUUUUUUUUUAUUGACAUUUGCAGGACUGUCCUUCACUCGGGUACCUGGGUCAUAAAGUACAUCAUUUUCAUUCACUGUUGACAUUCAUUUUUUUUUGUUUGUUUUUUUGGCUGGGAAAUUUUCCAUGUGAUAUCACAUCAGUUUCAUAUGUGAGGUUUCCAAAUGAAACCCUGACCUGGCACUUCUUGUGCAGAUGUUAUUUAAACUAUGACAAUCCAAUGGAAAUAAUUUUCUUUGUCACAAAUCCAUAUUUUUAUGUUCAUGCCUAGAGAUGUGAACACCUCUACUAUGGUUAAUAUCCUUUAAAGAAUUAGUGAGGUGACAUUAGAUGGAGAUUCACUUAUUUUUGUAAUGCCACUAUAGUCGAGAGCCUGGCUCAUCAAACCAGAGUGCCAAACAGCAUCUGUUAACUGUAAUGAUGCUUCUACUAAAGCCACAUCAACGCAUUGGACACCAGACUCUGGUUUAACAAGAGUAAUCACACUGUACAGACUUUGCAGUUCCUCUUCACUGCUGCAAUCAAAGCACUGUUGCUCAAGUGAUGACUAUAAUUAUUUUUCUAAGAACGAGGAUCUCUUAAUUUGGCAAAGUGACUUCAGGUGCUUUAUGUUCUACUCCUUCAGCUAGAAGUGUAAGACCCUGACUGACUGCAAUCUCAGUAUGUACCUCAACAAUCAUUAAGAAUGAGCGUCAUUAGACUGAGAGCCUUCUUUCUGCACCAUAGUGCCUCUUUUCCAUGGCUGAUUUUAAAAAUCACUGCACGGCAAAAGGGAGAUUUACUUAUUUCCACACCACCUCACACGACUUUGGACCUGUCAUAUAAUCCAUCGGUGUGCCCCGAGAGUGAGAUUUUUCACUCGUUUCUGCAGAAUUAGCCGGGUGACUGAGCACGGCAGGCUUGAAGCCAGAGAGUUUGAUAGAGGAUAAAGUUCCCACGCCGACUUCUGUUCAGCUAUUCGCUGGCAAGAGGGGUCAUUUUCACGCUAGAUGGGUUCUCUGCUCUGUUCGUGCCGUCAUGUCGUCCUGCGGGGCUGUUUGCAUAGGAAAAUGACAUGUUUCAGGCAUUCAGUUCUCGCAUUAGAAAUCUUAUUUUGAACGGGGAUUACUGAAUAGAAUUUGUGGUUUUAACCUCGUUGUUGAACGAAAUGGUUAUUUUGUGUAUUUUCGUUUUAUUGUACAGAACUUUUGUAAUAAAACAAGAUGAAACACAACAAACUGCUCAAAGAAUGACCACAUCUCCUGCUGAGGAACCUUUUUUUUUUUUUUAAUUGGGACGGAGAAUGUUAAAACCAUAUUGUCCUGAAUGAAACCUUUUAUGUGUGUGUAUAUCAGCGGUGAUGAAGACAGCUGAUGAGGAAUAAACGAAGCAAUGCCUCUUGAGUGCGCACGA